UUCGUAUUCAUGUGAGACACUAGUUUAGUUCCGUGCAGGUGAAGUCAUAAUAUUAUUAAUGACAAGUGUUGCUCUCACUGUGUAUGUUAUUGACCAUUAUAUAGAGUUGUCGUAUCUGCUGAUACUGGUGACAGAAGCGAGCAGUAUUGCUAUCAGUGAACAGUUCGAAAACCUGCGCUCCGGUUUCACUUGUAGAGACAGUGGUAAUAUUGUCAUCUGUAGGAACUCUGGAUUGAUAUCUGGAGACAGUGCCGACAUCUGUGGUAAUUCUGGAAGCAGAAGAUAAUAUUCCUUCUACCAUAAACACAAGGUCUGAAAUUUUGUAGGAAAGGGCUAGUUGAUCAUAUGAACCCCACUGCUCAGCUACUACUUGUUUUAUUGAGCCUGAAAGGAAAAAAGGAUAAGUCGGCCUCUGUAACAUUUGAAUGCAGUGAACAAUAUUGGCAUUCGUAGGGGUCCUGACUUGACAUCUAGAAACAGUGGUGACGUCUGUGGUAAUUCUGAAAGCGGAAUUUGUGGACAUCCUUCAUAUUUUGUGGCAUUAUAUUCAUAAGUGGACGGUCAUCCGAGGAGAGGACAUUACUGAACGGUCAUAGUGGACAGACCUGACGUUUCUCGUUGCCCAGGAAUAGCAAAAUCACUGCGUCUACCCACAACAAAGAGCCAAGAUGUUCCAGUUUCCUUCUACCAUUCCAACCGUGACCACAGUGCUGCUAUUAACUCUUACUACAAUUCUGACCGUUGCCUCAAAUCGGGAAAUUUAUACAGGCAGCUACAAAUCUUUGGCUCCUGGGUAUUCCUACCGUUACCUUCAGGAACCUCCGACAGAACAAUUCUCCUCCACUCGAUGUCUACUGAAAUGUGUCGCAAUUUCUCUAAGCAGCCAAUCGGAAUUCUUCACUUACAACAAUGUCAGCCGUGUUUGUAAGAAUUACUCACCGAAAUAUAUCAUGACAGUUGUCAGCACGAAUGACAGCAACGAGAUGUCCUUCUACAGAAAUAGCCAAUGGAUUAAAACUUAUGCCAUAUCAAUGGGAGCUGGUUCGAAAGUAUAUGAUUCAUUCCUGAAUAUAGGACUUCCUUCAUCCUGGAAUGUGGACGAAUGCAGAGGUACCUUUUGUCCCAACUUCUUCCGGCAUCCUAUCCUGGAUUACUGGAACUAUCUUCCAAUUGAGGAGGUGAAACUGUUGAUUUAUAAAAACAAAACAGAUGUGGUAACUAUAAUAUUUGAUGGACGAAAUACAACCCUUCGAAGCUGGUUCUCUCACGAAAAGUUGAAAAAUUCACCGUGGAACGACCUAGCUUCAGCCACCGGAGUUCAUUUAUCAAUUGAGGGAUUUAGACAUGUACGUCGAUUUUAUAUAACAUUACAUGGUUUUUGUGAAGGGGACAGAGGCUGGUUGACCAUCAAUGAGGGACCACUUCACUGUCAGUUCGAAGAGUCAGAUCACUACCCUUCAAUUCGUUAUUCUGAUACAAAAUCGAAAGUCAUAUGGAACAACGGUUAUGGAUUAGCAGACUCCAUGGCCAUAUUCAUCCGCCUGAGGCAGCAGAACUAACCCAGCACUUGAUAUCCAUUGAUACUAUUGAUGUUGUUAACGUCCAUCCAAUCCAGUUGACCACCACUGGUGAUCCACAUAAGUCACGUUUUACCUUUUAAUAAAGAAUCCAUACAAAUAUUCUAUCCAACAUCGGUCUUUGAAGUUGUGAUUCUCUUUCUCUCAUUCCAGCUGUUGUUGUUGUUCACAUUCACCCAAUCCAGCUGACCACCACUGGUGAUCCACACAAGUCACGUUUUACCUGUUAAUAAAG